GAGGGCGUGCAGGUACCGCCGGGAUGGGAGCGGUUUGUGGUAAAUUGUCCGUGCUGAGCUGCGCCAAGGGCCGCAAGGAUGGAUGAAGUCCGAGAUCAGGAUGAAGUCCCCGAUCAGGAAGAAGUCCGAGAUCAGGGUGAUUUAGGUGGAGCAAAGAUUAUCAAUAGGACAUUUCUUUCUCUUUCCCAAAUAACUGCCUUGUCAGAAGAAGAUCUGGAAGGAGUUGAAAAGAAGAUGGCAGAAUUUCUGAAUCUUACACAGCUAAAGACAUCUUUGAAAGAAACUAUUUUAUUCGAUUAUUAUACUGCAGGAUUUUGGUGGGCUAAAGAGAUGAAGUUCAGUCUUAUCCAGAUCUCAGGAUUCAUGGGUCUAUUAAAUUUUGCCUUGGAGAACCUCAGCAUCAGACGUAUGACCUUGGGAGACAAUGUAAAAGAACUUGAAAGAGCAGUGACUGGAAUAAGAGAAACUGAGUCAGAAGAAGGAGGUGACGUGAAUUUAUUCAGCAUUGACCAAGGCAAAGCAAUCAUUGAUUUCUUGUUUUCCAGCUUAUUUCAAUACUAUAAAGCAUAUGACUACCUCUUCCACGUUCGUAAAGAAGAGCCUGUGCUAGGUAAUGAGGAUGAGAUUGAACUUGACCAACCUGCAGUUUCCCCCUCAGCUUCAGUGACAGAAUCUCAGGGGACUGACCAGGGGGAUUGCCUGCAAGAGCCCUGUCCAGGGGCAGCGUCUUCCGAGGCUGUAGCUGGAGUCACUGCUGAAGAUGAGAAGUCUGCAGUGUGUGAAAUCCCAAAUGAAAUUAUUGGCAACCUUGAGGCAGACUUAAAAGAAAAGCUGCAAAUGCAGGAAGAAGCUUAGACUUGGAGAAGAGAAAAAUUGAAAAGUCCUAAAUAGCCAGAUAAGAAAGGUGAUGGUGGGUUUUGCAGGAAUUGGGCAGUAGGGGAUGGCACAUACAGAGGCUGGCUCACUACCUGAACCAAAUAAUUUUUGUAUAGAGGAAAAUGGUUCUGUUAACAUUUACCUCGAAGUAUUUAAUCCCAGUUCCUCAAAUUUAUGGUGUUCUGCCAGCGUUGUUGUUUAGUUUAGACUUAAGUUGAAGAUUAUAAACAGAAGGGCACGUAAUUAAAACACGUUGAAGUUCAGUUUAUUUCUGAAUACAGUUCUAAAUUCUAACUUUAAAAAAAAAAGCUGCAGUUUCAUUCUCCCAGUUGUGAAAUACUUAACAGUUUCUGCUUUACACCUAUGGUUUUUUUCAGGAAAUGUUGCUACAAGGAAAAUACAUAGAGAGAAAACAUUAUUUUGAGGCACUGUAGCUGUAAUAAGGGGAGAAUUUAAUUAACAUGUAAUUACACACCUUGCACUGUAGCUAUUCAUUAAUAAUAUGUAUGUUAUUUUGUUUUAAUUUGCUUCCUAAGCUUUAAAAAAAUUUAAUAGCUUACACUUCUUUCUUUCCACCAUAUUAAAAUUGCAUAAC